CCCUCAUGGAGGCUCUCAGGCCUUUUUCGAAAUUGUCAUUUUUACGGUUUACAUCUCGGCAACAUAAGUAUGGAAGGUCAUCCUUAUCGUAUACAGUCGGCCGGUCACUGGCUAGAGGUCUCAAUCCUCCAAUGACACGUUCUUUAGCUUCUAACCUGUUAUGUUACCGAAUAGUCACCCGACAAGACUCCGUCUCUGAAGUAUGUCAUCAUCAGCCUAUUCGGCAGUGUCACACUCAAGUUGCAAGGAGCAAGACAGCUUUGCCUAAUAUUAAAAGUACAACAGCUAGGUUUUAUCAAAAAUGCUCUACUCCCCACAUUCUGCUGUCAAAUGCGUAUGCAGGUAUUCGUGUCUCAUGCUCGGAAACGUGGGCCAGAGGCAGAGGAUUUUGUAGUGAUGCAAAAAAUGGGGGGUCACAAGAAGGUGAUGGUGGCGGUGAUGAAGGGAAGCCAGUCGAUGCGCCGACUCAUAUUAACCCAGACCCUCAGGCAGAUCCAUACCAAAAUACGAUGGCGCUGACGGCCAUGGGUGUUCCAGAGGAGUUUCCGCAAGUGCCUGUGAUCGCAGUCAGCCGCAACCCCGUUUUUCCGAGAUUCAUCAAGAUAAUCGAGGUUACUAACAAAUCACUUGUAGAACUUCUGCGACGGAAAGUACGACUUAACCAGCCAUACGCCGGAGUGUUUUUAAAAAAGGAUGAUAGCAAUGAAGAGGAGGUAGUUAGCAAUCUGGAUGACAUACACCAGGUAGGGUCAUUUGUACAGAUCCAUGAGAUGCAAGAUCUUGACAAUAAACUACGGAUGAUUGUUAUGGGUCAUAGAAGGAUCAAGAUCACAGGCUUGUUAAAGGACUCCGAGGAUGUGCAGCAGCCACAACCAGUGACCGAUGAAAACAUUGCACGGCGACGUCGCGUCAGAACUGGUCGCCGGAAGAACAAUGUGGCUGCAGAAGAGUCAGAGGAGACUCCACAGGAAGAGCCGGUUGAGGGCACAAUUGAAGAGCCAGCUGUGGCAGUCGAACAAAUGAUGCAUGAGCAACCAGUCCAGGAGACAGUCUCUGCGACUGUUUUGAUGGCAGAGGUGGAGAAUGUAAAUCACGAACCGUUUAAGUACACGGAAGAAAUAAAAGCACUCACACAGGAAAUAGUAAAGACAAUCCGUGAUAUAAUUGCCUUGAAUCCAUUGUACAGAGAGUCCGUGGCACAGAUGCUUCAAGGAGGACAGAGAGUCAUCGACAAUCCGAUAUAUCUAAGCGAUCUCGGGGCAGCGUUGACUGGCGCUGAGUCACAAGAGCUGCAACAUGUGUUAGAGGAGACUAAGAUUCCACAACGACUGUACAGCGCUCUCUCUCUGCUGAAGAAGGAAUAUGAGCUGAGCAAACUGCAGCAGCGGCUCGGCCGCGAAGUCGAGGAGAAGGUCAAGCAGACGCACCGGAAGUACAUGCUGCAGGAGCAGCUGAAGAUAAUCAAGAAGGAGCUGGGACUCGAGAAGGACGACAAGGAUGCGAUCGAGGAGAAAUUCCGCGAGCGACUAAAGGAGCUCGUUGUGCCGCCGCACGUGAUGGAGGUCAUUGACGAGGAGCUGAACAAGCUGGCGUUCCUCGACCCGCACUCGUCCGAGUUCAACGUCACGCGCAACUACCUCGACUGGCUGACGUGCAUGCCGUGGGGCAAGCGUAGUGAGGAGGACCUCGCGCUCGAUCACGCGCGCUCCGUGCUCGACGAGGACCACUACGGCAUGGACGAAGUGAAGAAGCGCAUACUGGAGUUUAUUGCUGUUAGUCAGCUGAAGGGAGCUACCCAGGGCAAGAUUCUGUGUUUCUAUGGCCCACCGGGUGUUGGCAAGACAAGCAUUGCCAAAUCUAUCGCCCGGGCCCUCAACCGAGAGUAUUUCAGGUUCAGCGUUGGAGGGAUGACAGAUGUUGCAGAGAUUAAAGGUCACAGGAGAACAUAUGUCGGUGCCAUGCCGGGAAAGGCCAUACAAUGCUUCAAGAAGACGAAAACCGAGAAUCCACUUGUUCUUAUCGAUGAGGUGGACAAAAUAGGUAAAGGGUACCAAGGUGACCCAGCAUCUGCACUACUUGAGUUGUUAGAUCCAGAACAGAAUGCUAACUUCCUUGACCAUUACCUUGAUGUCGCGGUUGACCUGUCCAAGGUGCUGUUCAUUUGCACUGCCAACGUUACCGAUACCAUCCCUGAACCUCUCAAAGAUCGUAUGGAGAUGAUCGAUGUAUCUGGAUAUGUUGCCGAAGAAAAGCUUGCUAUCGCAGAGCGAUACUUGAUCCCGCAGGCGCGCAUUGGCUCUGGUGUGCAAAGCGAGUACCUGAGCAUCACCGCCGAUGCACUGACCACCCUCAUCAAGUCCUACUGCAGGGAGAGCGGCGUGCGCAACCUACAGAAGCAAAUCGAGAAGAUAUUUCGAAAGGCGGCCUUCAAGCUUAUUGAUGAGAAGGACAAGCUGGAGGAGCUCUCUGUAGAUGUGAACAACCUGCAGGAUUAUGUGGGCAAACCUAUAUUUACGACCGACCGGAUGUACGACUCGACUCCGUCUGGUGUCGUGAUGGGGCUAGCCUGGACAUCUAUGGGUGGCUCAACAUUAUACAUUGAAACGACACUGCGGAAGACACUUGGUGAAGAGUCAAAAGAUGGCUCUAUAGAAUUAACUGGUCAGCUUGGAUCGGUCAUGAAGGAAAGCUGUCAGAUUGCCUACACGUAUGCAAAGUCCUUCCUGAUUGACCACAACAGUGACAACAAGUUUCUGGACAGAGCUCACCUGCACCUGCACGUACCAGAGGGUGCCACGCCCAAAGAUGGACCAAGUGCUGGGUGUACGAUUGUUACAGCAUUGCUGUCAUUGGCUCUCAAUCAGCCAAUCAGACAGGACCUAGCAAUGACUGGUGAGCUGUCACUUACAGGGAAGGUGCUUCCUGUGGGAGGAAUCAAGGAGAAGACCAUUGCAGCAAAGCGAGCUGGUGUCGACUGCAUCAUCCUACCCUCGGAGAACCGCAAGGACUACACAGAGCUUCCCAGCUUCAUCACAGAGGGCAUUGAAGUUCACUUUGUUAGUCACUAUAGUGAGGUUUUCCAUAUCGCAUUUCCUGAGCCUGAAGCACUUGAUCUAGAGUCUGUGAAUAGCAGGAGCUAGUGAGAGCUGAUAACAGUGGCCACAAUGCCAAGAUUAGCUGCCCGCUCCCUAUCCAAAACGUAGAAGUAUGUAUAUUUAAAAGCGUAGUCAAUGAUCAUUUAUUUUACACGUUUUUUUGUUGUGAAAAGAAGUCACAACUCUCCUUGUAGUAUCAGAGGGCUGUUAGAUAGAAGACAAGUUUUCAUGCGGUCGGCCAUAUCUAUUGUCGUCUUUAGCUCAUCUGACAUAGUCAGAUGCAGCUUGUAGAAUCGCAUGAUCGUCCGUGCGUCCGUCCGUCCGUC